CAUUUUCAAUAAACUGUCGUGGAACAUUUUUCUUUGUUGUUUUUCUUUACAUACUUCUUAUACUUGCAGCAAAUAUGUCGUAUUUCUAUAUGGGAGCGCCGAGAAGGUGGAAUGUAUUUGGUGCGGUAGUAGGGGUACGCUCUAUUGCUUCCAUCCGCUCUCUCCCCAAAGCUGUGGCUGAGUUUGUUUCUAAUGCUGUGGCAGAGUGCAAGCCUGCUAAAGUCCAAGUGGUGACAGGUACACCUGAGCAGACGGCAGAUAUUCUGGCUGGCAUGGAAAAAGAAGGCAUGAUAAAAAAACUGCCCAAAUAUGAUAACUGCUGGCUUGCACGCACAGACCCUAAAGAUGUGGCACGCGUGGAAAAUAAGACCGUAAUAGUGACUGGGCAGCAGAGAGAAACAGUACCAAUUCCAGGCAGUGGCAUAAAGAGCCAGCUUGGCAACUGGAUGAGUGAAACUGACUUUCAGAAAGCCAGAGAAGACCGUUUUCCUGCCUGCAUGACAGGACGGACCAUGUAUGUUAUACCAUUCAGUAUGGGUCCACUGAAUUCUUCUCUAGCUAAAUUUGGUGUUCAGGUGACGGACUCUCCAUAUGUGGUAGCCAGCAUGUCGAUUAUGACUCGCACAGGCAAAUCUGUUAUGGACAAACUUGCAGAGGGUGUAAAGUUUGUACGUUGCCAGCACUCAGUGGGAAGACCUCUGCCACUUAAAGCUCCAUUAAUAAACCAGUGGCCUUGCAAUCCGGAUAAGGUAUUAAUCUCACAUCUUCCAGACAGCAGACAGGUAUUGUCUUUUGGAAGUGGUUAUGGUGGAAAUUCUCUCCUUGGAAAGAAAUGUUUUGCCCUUCGUAUUGCCUCUUGCAUUGCCAAGGAUGAGGGCUGGCUGGCUGAACAUAUGCUGAUUCUGGGAAUCACAAAUCCUCAGGGUGUAAAGCGAUAUGUUGCAGCAGCUUUUCCAAGUGCUUGUGGCAAAACCAAUCUGGCCAUGAUGAAACCUACAUUGCCAGGUUGGAAGGUGGAGUGUAUUGGAGAUGAUAUUGCCUGGAUGAAAUUUGACUCUCAGGGUAAACUUAGAGCCAUUAAUCCAGAGAAUGGAUUCUUUGGUGUUGCACCUGGCACCUCACUAAAGACAAACCCUCAUGCCAUGGAAACAAUUUCUAAAAAUACAAUAUUUACAAAUGUAGGUGAGACCAGUGAUGGUGGGGUUUGGUGGGAGGGACUUGAACCCCCAGCACCUGGCAUCACUUUGACAGACUGGCAUGGAAAGCCCUGGAUGCCAGGUUCUUCUAGACUGUGUGCACACCCUAAUUCCAGGUUCUGUGCCCCUGCUGUCCAAUGCCCCAUCAUGGACCCUUUGUGGGAGAGUGAUGAAGGAGUGCCAAUUGAUGCCAUCAUUUUUGGUGGCAGGAGACCAGAAGGAGUGCCUCUGGUAUAUGAAGCAUUUAACUGGCGGCAUGGAGUAUUUGUUGGGGCUGCCAUGAGAUCAGAAUCCACAGCAGCAGCAGAACAUAAAGGUAAAAUGCUCAUGCAUGACCCAUUCGCUAUGCGUCCUUUCUUCGGCUACAACUUUGGUAAAUACCUGGCCCACUGGCUGAGCAUGGAGACAAGGAAAGGACCAACUCAGCUUCCGAAGAUCUUUCAUGUUAACUGGUUUAGAAGAGAUCCAAAUACCAAUUCCUUUCUUUGGCCAGGUUUUGGAGAGAAUGCUCGAGUCCUUGAAUGGAUCUUUAAUCGCUGUGGUCACAAUAGUGAAGACCAAGCUGCCAAAAAAAGUAUUAUAGGAUGGUUGCCUCAAGAGGGUACCAUCAACACAGAAGGUCUGGGUAACAAUGUAGAUAUGAAUGCACUCUUUGAUAGUCCUAAAACUUUCUGGCAAAAAGAAGCCCAGGACAUAAGAGCCUAUUUCAGCCAGCAGGUGGGGGAUGACCUACCCAAGGAGGUAGAGGGUGAGCUAAGAGCACUAGAAGAAAGAGUUAGGGAUUAAGAGGGAAGGAUGUUAAUACUUGGUGUGUAAUGCAUUUGUUUUGUAAUAUGCUACAUUGUCCUAUUGGUUUGAAGCAUUGCAGUCUUUCAUUAAAGUCACUGAAGCUACA